CUUUCACUUUCGAUGUUGACGCAUAUGUAAAUAAAGCGGCAAUGUCUUCUCCGAUGGUUCGCAUACGGAUCGCUAAUGCUUGCGAUACGUGUAAACAGCGUAAAGUCAAAUGCGACGGAAACUUACCUUGUAGUUAUUGUAAGCGUCGGCAGGUAGAUUCGACGUGCCGGUUUUCCCCUACGCCUCGUCGCCGACCGAGGAGACCGCGUUUGCCAUCUCCAGAGACAUCCGUAACCCAAUCAUCCGUUCCGUCGGUAGGGCCGGAUGUAUCUACCGAUGCUCCCGUUCCUUCCGCCGAACCCACUUGCAUUCAUACCGCUCAUACAACUCAUACAACUCAUAUUCGCACAUCGGAUGAUAUCACCCUUCGCAGCGACGCCUCCGCCGAGGAAGAAGCCGAUGUACCCCGCGAAGCCCGUUUAUUGCGCGACGCUCAUGGAAAAUUAACUUUCGUCGGAGACUGCGCGCCGCUCUCACUUUUCCAGACUGUUCGCCAGAUUGUGACAUCUCGGGUAGAUCCGAAUGCCUUUACUCCGCAAACAGGACAGACGGGUCGGGUUUCAAUGUUGGAAAAUUCUUCCUCCUACUUGUCAUUUUCGGCUAUCAGCAAGGAACCACAUGUGGACUCUGCCACUGUCGGACAGCUAGUGUCAUCGUUUAUAUCAGUGACCUCCGGACUAGUUAAUCUCUUUGAGAAUGAAAACCUCGCGAGUAAUAUAUCGGCAUGGAUUGCUAAAGAAGGAGAAUCCGCCAACGUAACAUCCGCAGUCAAUUACUUAGUUUUGGCCAUCGGUUCACAGUCUAGCAAUGAAGAAUCCGCUACCGGGGCUUUUCAAUACGCGAAGACCCUAGCCCUCUCAUGUCUCGGUGGUGAUCUAGGAAUCGAGACAGUUCAAGCUUUCGCCCUUAUAACCAUAUACAUGCUUCGAGCAUGUCAGAUCAACGGGGCUUAUCUUUUCUUCGGCAUUGCUGCGCGGGCGGCAUACUCGAUUGGCCUGCAUAGAACGGAAGUAAAUACUCGAUUCGGGUCCGAUACGCAUACUCAAAGAGACCGCCUUUGGAAGAGCUUGAGAGUUCUAGACUUAUUUCUGAGCAUAUCUAUGGGUAGGCCGCCGUCCAUGUCGGACGUAGAUUGCACGGUGCCUUGUCGAAGUUUUAACGCCAACGGCCAAGAGCAGUACGACCUUUUGAAUGCAUCGGUGCAGAUACUCUCCAUUACAGAAGAAAUCGUACUCCGAGUAUAUUCUAGGAGAAAAAUAUCUUUCCAACUUACUGAGGGAAUAUCCCGUCAACUACGAGAUUGGUCAAGUAGGUGGCUCCCUCGCCUCAAACAAACUGUUGCAGAAUCACCUCGAGAGGAUGAAGCGAAGAUGAUCGGCGCGUGUCAAGUCAUGUCUUCUUAUUAUUAUGCCGUCAUGCUAGUAGCGAGGCCUUUCCUCAUGUACGAGUUGUAUAAGCGCUUACCUGAUCCGGACAUCCCUACUGCGACCAAUCUGUCCAAUGGCGGUAGUGAUAACUCAGGGAGAACGAGGCUUGCAAAUGCAUGUAUUGACGCAGCAAGUUUGAUGGCUGAGUCAAUAGCGGACUUGGUAAAUCGGCAGAUCUUAGAUGGACGCAUGCCAUUGAUAGUCUCAUGGCUCUUUGCUUCAUCCUUAGUACUUGGUGUUGGCCUCCUUGGGGGAUUUGGAAGAAUACUCGAAAAGUACGCUCGGAUGUCUAUAAGUGGGCUGGAAUAUUUUGCAAGGAGCGAUGCGCAUGCUCUGCAAUACUCGCUUAUUGCCAAGUCUUUACUAUCCAGCGCUCUAAAGCACCUCCAAAAGCAAGACAUUGACGAGCGUCUUCGAAUCACAGAGAGCUCGUCUAAGCUAUUUGGACUGGUGCCAAAAGAGCGAUUGCCCCAGGAGGAUACCCUCCCUACCGAUACUGGCCAGCUCGGGGUUCUUCCAUUAGACAUGGAAUCAGCCAAUGCGCCUCAAGAUUUGCUAACGCACGAGCUAUUCGCUUCACCCUUCCACGACAUCGAUCCGGCCCUUCUAUCAUUAGGCUGUUCGCUUGAUUCCACGGCCGGUGCUUUUCUAGGUAGGGACCAGCAGGAUCGGAUUGAUCACGUUUUCGGCGCCCUCAACCUGUUCCCCCUAUUGGACGGAAAUGGCCAUAUAGAUCUUGUGCAUAACCUUUAAACGUUCCUCCUCGUGGGCGUUUACUUUGGGAUUAUCGAGAUGCUUAACCCAGAGUAAUAUAUAGAGUUGCGUAUAAGAAUUAAGAUGCGUCAGGUAGCUGGUAUAAGCUAGCUAUUAUUCGCUUCCUGUGCAUCGAUGAAAGAAAGCUGUUAGAAUAGAAAGAAUAUACGUAGGUAUAGAAUAUGCAUAGUACGGAAUAUUUACAUAAAGGUUACGUAG